GCUUGCCAACAUGACAGGACUGAAUCUACAUCUGAAUAGCUCCAUGGGCUGCUUUUUCAUUGGCAUCCUGCUUUCCAUCAUACUCUAUGGAUUGACCUGCGCUCAAGUUCUGUACUAUAUUUGGGAGUACCCCAUCGAUAGUCGGAGGAUCCGAUUACUAGUACGUAACUAUCACUUGCCGCGACAGGCUCCUAAAAAGAAAUGGUACAAUCUCCCCAUGACAAUCGUAAUGGUCUGUAGCCUCUUGUCAUCUGCGCAUCGUGUCAAACUGACAGUUCUAAUCCAGAUCCCUAAGCUCCCGGACGUUUUCACUCAUACGAAGAUCCCGGGUACAGUGCAACCUGCAUUCGCAUUAAUCACAGACAUCUACAUCACUGUCACAUUGAUCUGGACCUUGAAUGGCGAAAAGACGGGUUUCGAGCAUACCAACAUGUUGAUCAAUAGACUCAUGUUGUAUGCAGUGAACCGCGGCAUCGUGACCGCGUACGUUGAGACCUACGCCAUUUCAUGCGCUCCCUUCCAGUAUGUAUCCUGCAGCGUUGAUGUCUAUUACUGGGCACCGUUCCACUACCCGGGUAGUAAACGUACGUGA